AUGCUAGCUCUCCUUGCGCAGGGUCUUGCGCUGCACCCCUCGGAGCGCGAGCUCACCUUUGCGAGCGCUCACCAGCACGAUAGCAGCCUCCUCGGCGGCGCUAGCGACAAUGUCGCGCUCCCCCGAGAUGCAGCCGGUCAGCCGGCAUGGAUGGCCCCGGUCCUCAUUGAUGGGCCGUCCCAGCCGCAGCAGCCGUCGCAAAUGCUCGCACUCGGUGCCGACGGGCAGCUCGAGAUGCAGGGCCGACCAAUUCAUCUCAAUGGCGUCAACAGCGCAUGGGUCACGACGGAAACCUACGGCAGCGACUUUAACACCAGCGCGGCGACGGGGUUUGCUGCGAACAGCUUCUGCGAGUUCAGGCAGCAGGUGGAGACGCUUAGGCUGCAUGGGGGCAACUCCAUUCGGCUUUGGAUGUUUGAGGACGCCGGCAUGGAGGAGUGGCGCGCGCCGUUCUUGCUGAACGCGUCCGGUCACAUCACCGGCCUUGCCGACGGCGUAGUCGACGCCUUCAAGCGGUACCUGGACAUCGCUCGAAAUCAUAGCGUGCUGGUCAUCCCCGUCAUGUGGAGCGCCGCGCUCGUGCGCACAGCUCUCUGCUGCUCCGUCCUUGGCGACGAGACUGCGCUGCAGGCCUUCAUCGAGAACGCACUUCGUCCGCUGGUGAGCGCUACACGGUCCGACCCGGUCAUCGCGAUGUGGGAGAUCGUCAACGAGAUCGAGGGCGUCCUCAACAUGUCGACCUCCUCUCCAGCGGGAGGCGGUUGCUCGGACCUCUCCGCCGUCGCCAGGUGUGCCGGCCCAAACAACCAACCCGGUUGGAAUCUUGAACAGGGCGGGACGUGCCUCUUCCCAGUCGCCUCGCUCCAGCGCUUCAUAAAUCGGCAAAUCGCGGCAGUCAAGCUGGAGUCACCCCAGCAUCUCGUCACGAGCAGCUCGUGGAGUCAGUGCGCUAUGACGAGCGAAUUCGGCGGGGCACGUGUUUGGGCAGACAAGUGCCUCCAGGACGCAGGCGGGCAGCAGACGGGCACGAUCGACGUGUGGCAGGUUCAUGAUUAUCCCAAGGAAGACAACGGUGCCGCCUUUGGCACGGGUUCUCCCGUGACGACGACGGCUUCUCAGUACAACCUCGGUUCGAGACCGAUUCUCGUCGGUGAGAUCUCAAAUCGUUGGACUUACUACACACCAAACAGCAGCGCGACCUACCCUCCCGUCCCGACGUUCAACCAGUCAAUGAGCAACGUGACCAAGCACGUCCUCAACAACGGGUUCGCCGGCUCUCUCUCAUGGGCGUUCACAUGCCUCGUGGGAUACGGCCACGACACGGCGUGCCUCGGGCGGGCGGACUUAAGCGACGGGCUCAGCGGGUGGCCGCGGGGGUCGUUCGCACCUUUGAAGCUGCAAGCCCCGACGAACUACGACCUCAGCGGCUCGGUCACGUGCCCGGCUGAAUGCGGCACCGAGCCUGUCGACCUUGCACCAUCUCCGGACUACACUUGCCCGGAGCGAGCGGCCUGGGGAGAGUGCACACAGGACUGGAUGCGGGGGUAUUGCUCGUUCUCGUGCUACCAGUGCGACCCGAACUGCGGCACGGACACCCCUUGCCUUCUCACGUGA